ACUUCUACAAAUUAGUCCUUAACUUGGCGUCGAUUCACGACGAGCAAAUUAUUAACUCUUAGUAAAAUAAAUAAAUUAACAUCACGCUAAAAUGUUACAUCGGUGUGUUUUUGCUGUUUUUUGUUUAGUUUUAUAUGUUAAUGCUGAAAUUCCUUCGUUUAUAAAAGUCUGCAAAGCAACAAAUCCUGAUCUAGGAGGAUGUAUCAAAUCAUCAGUGUUAACAUUACAACCAAAUUUAGCAAAAGGAAUUCCUGAAUUAGAUGUACCAGUUUUGGAGCCCUUCGACGUUGAUGAUUUAUCCGUCAGGACUAACUUGAACAUCAACAUUACUGACUUCAAACUGCACAACCUGUUAGCCUUCGAAAUCCUUGAUAUUUCUGCGUCGUAUGAGAAAUACCAAUUCGCUUUUGUGCUGAAGUUCACUAACGUCGAAGUCAGCGGUGAUUAUACGAUCGACACCAAGCUUCUUACGAUUCCAUUGCAAGGCCACGGACCGCUUACCGGACGCAUAGGAUCGAUUCAUUUCAUUGGAAAACUCAAAGGAAAACGUAUACAAAUCAACGGAGAAAAUCAUAUUGAGUUGAGAUUCUUGGAAUUCAAAAUUACGGACUGGAAGAAUGUUAAAUUCAGUAUGAGUGGACUCUUCCCAGAUAACAAACAACUAGCUGAAGCUGCAACUAGAGUCGUUGAAGAUAACUCUGAUGUACUUCUUGAAGAAAUGGUUCCAACACUUGAAACUAACUUAAAUCGAAAAAUUACAGAAAUAGCAAAUAAAAUCGUACGAAAAUUCACUGAAGAAGAAAUCUUCCCAAAAAAUUAAAUUAAUUUUCUUUAUUUCAUAAAAUUUUGUAUUAAAAUUAAAAUUAUAAAUAAAACAAAGAAAUUU